UAUGUUUUCAUCAUUAGUGUCGUUGUUUAUGGUGGGGUAAAUUGAUGUGUCUCAUUAGUUUGUUAUUUGCUAAUAAUUUUUUUAAAGUAUGCUCCGAAUAAUAAGUCCCUUAAAAUUAGAAACUGUAUUGAUCACGUGUGAAAGUACCAAUUUAUUAUUAUUCUGAAUAAAUUUGAUUAUAGGAUUACCCCUGUUGUCAAUAAAUCUGAACAUGGAACCUGAAACUUCUGACCAUAAGACAGGAGUGGAUUUUGAUGAAGAAAUUGUGCAUGGCAUGACUGCCUCUUAUACAGAAAUAUCAUUCAACAUCCAGUCUACAGAACAAGAUGAUUCAAUAUUAGAAGAUUCUAGUGGUUCCAGCAGAGAAACGGGAGUAUCUGGAAACGUAUGCAGAACAGAAGAUACUGCUGAAAGGCCAAAUAAAUUACCAUUAAGUAACGAAAACUCUCAACAAAGCUCAAGUAAAAGUUCCUCAACAAACCGGGCAGUCGAGUUCCUAAACCAGUUAAACGGGACAGUUACUCAAGAUGGUGAAAUGGUUUUAUUUGUGGCAGAAGAUUUGGAAAAUAAAAUAAAACUCUCCAGCCCAGUCAGUAAAUCAGAUGAUAUAAAUGUUUGGAGCAGUGGAAUGCCUUGGUUGUAUCGCCAGUCAUUGUCUAGUCAUGUCCCAGUGAUCGAUUCGUCCAUUCUCACUGAUCUGGAAACUGAAAUUGGGAAAAUAGCGACUUCCGUUGACUCUCUUACGGAAAACCUGGCCGGUAUCUUACACAGUAUGUCAGCAUUGACUGUUGAAUGCCUUGAAACGUAUCGAGAUGUUGUCUGCAAGACCUGUGAUGCUGUUGAUCUCAACAUUAAGUCUACAUACCAGCUCAUGGCAAAAUGUGAAGAACUCAGCAAGUCAAUGAAGCCUAUAUAUAAACUUGCAGAUCAUAUAAAAGAAAUUAAACACUUUCUGGAGAUAUUUGAGAACACAAUGAACUGAAGAGGUCAGAAGUGAACAGCAUCAGAAGCGAUCAACAUUCCUUGUAGUAUUUGUACACUCCAGAGUUGAAGUGAACUUCCUCAUGUGUUGCGAAUCUUGGAUAAACAGUAUUUUACAAUGAAAAUUGAGGGAGCAAUGCUAUAUAUCUUCGAAGAUCCGUCUGCAAUGUUAUACAAUACUGUGAAAAUCAUAUCUAGCUAGCUACAGCUGUUUCAACUGAUCUAUUGGUAAUUUUUAACCCUUUGAUUGCCAUGGUUAUUCUGCCAGUUGAUGCAUUCAGCUAAGUUUUGUCCUAUAUUCCAACAGUCAAAACAGCUGUUAACAUGUAUACAUAACUAAAUAUAGCUCCGAUAAUUUUAAAGCUAGAAAUCUGGUGUUAGUGUAAUUUUAUUCUUAGUAAUUUGACUUAUUUAACUAUAAAAAAUUCAACAUUUCCUAAUAUGGCAAAAAAUAUAAAAAAGAUGCAUUUAUGUAUAUUUUAAACCUUCACAAUCCGCUAAUGAAUUCCAUAAUUUUCCUUUACCACCAAGACAACUAAAAAAAGAUGUUUUUCUUUAAGUUAAAAACUAAUUAUAACUAUGCCAUAGGAGGUAAAUGCAAAAAAUAUAAAACAGGGAAUUUUAGUUAAAUUUUGUGUAUUUAUUAAUAAAAAUUUUAAAAUUCAGUGAAACUUGGAUAAUUUGAAAUCUUCUUUAAUUUGAAUAUUUAUCUUCGUCCCUAGCAUUUUAUAUCUAAAUAAUGCUAAAAAAUCGUGGAUAAUUUGAAUUUUGAAAGUCACAAAUUAAGGAACGUUAAUUUUAUUCCACAACUGAAAAUAGUUACAAAUUCAUCAGAAAACACGUUUUACUACAAUGUUCGGCAAAUAAUUAACGCCAGCCGUAACCUAUAGCGUAUAAGGUUAUGGUUGAACGAUACAUCCCUUCCCCCUCCCGGCCCGCCGCAACUCCGCUUGUAACUCGACACCAAGACUAUUCGACACUGCGACCCCCUUCCCUCCCCGACUUGAGAAACUAACUUUCCAAAUUCCAGUGCCGCAUUUUGUUGUCAUCGGUCGUCCUUCGAACAAUGCGUGUUUUCAUUUGUGCAGUGAUUAUAAGUUUUUACUUAACUUUAAAUAAGUGUAGUGAUCAUGUUGUCAACAAAGUCAAAGUCUCGGACAUAUAAAACUCUCACUUUAGUAAGAAAAACUUUCACCGGAAAAAGUAGCAGUGAUCAAGGAAGUGGAAAAAUGCAUUAGGAAAAAAAAUGAUAUGCGAAAGAAUUUGGAAUCCCACGGAACACCUUAUCAACCUUCCUGAAAAACAAAGAAAAACUUCUCAGCAGUGCAGGGGAAAUUGAUAAAGAGAGGAAACGAUUACGAGAACCUUCCAACCCGGAUGUGGACCAAUGUGUAUUAAGUGGUUUAAGCAGGCGAGGGACAAAACAAUUCCUGUGAGUGGUUCUUUAUUAAGGGCGAAGGCCGAGCAAUUUGCUCAGGAAUUAGAAAAACAGAAUUUCAAAGCUAGCACUGGUUGGUUAGAUGGUUUCAAAGAACGUAACAAAAUUUCGUUCAAAUCAGUUUGUGGCGAAAGUGAAGCCAUGAACCAGGUGGAAGCCAACCAGUGGAAACAAGAUUUAGAUCAGAUUAUACAGGACAGAGACAAAGCAUAUUUUUAAUGUUGACGAAACUGGUCUAUUUUAUAAAUGCACCCCUAAAAAAAACACUUUAAUUUAAAGAUGAAAAAUGUCUCAGAGAGAAGUUACGCAAGGAAAGAGUGACAAUUUUAGUAUGUGUAAAUAUAGACGGUUCAGAAAAGCUGCCUUUAUUAAUGAUAGGGAAAUCUGCUAACCCCCAAUGUUUUAAGAAUGUAAAGUCGAAACCGAUUGAAUAUGUGAACAGCUCAAACGCUUGGAUGACAUCGUUUUUAUGGACAAUUGCAUCGCUCACAACACCAUUCCUGUAAUGGAAAAUGUGAAAGUUUUUUUUCCCAGCAAACAUGACCUCUGUCCAAUCCACGGACCAGGGAAUAAUAAACAAAUUUAAACACCACUACAGAAGGUUGUUGGUUGAAAAUAUACUGUCUGGGGAUGGGAGCGCUCUCAAAAUAAAACUGGUUAUCGUGCAAGCCUCUCAAACGUGUAAACAAGCAAGGACAAAGUAACGUUGGGAACAAUAAAAAAAACUGUUUCAAAAAGGCAGGUUUUGUUAAAAACGACAAAGACAGUAUCGAUGAAGCUGUUCCUUCCGCCGAUGGAUGGGAGGAUGUGGUAUCCGACCCCAUGGCCAUUACUUACGAAGAUUUUCUCAACGUAGAUGAAGACGUCACUGUGUGCGGAGAGAUAACCGAUGCCGAAAUCACUGCUGAAGUGAUUAAGAACAAGAAAAAAGAUGACGGAGAAGGAUUGGGAGAAGAAGACACUGGAACAUCUACUGAGGAAAUAGAGGGUCCAAGAAGUCCUAGACAUAACCCUAUCCACAGGACUCAAAAACAUAAAAAUUGUAAGGUGGCACGUCUCUAAGGAGGCCUCACUAUCGGACCACUGCCACAUUAGGUUCAACAUAGAGGAGAUAGGGGAGAAAAACGUGACCCACAGGGUUCCUAAAUCUACCUACUGGAGGGGAUACCGAGUGUCCCUAGCCGAAGAGUUGGAAGAAAUAGAACCAUUCCAGAAAAAUGAACUUGACUUAGAGAGGUCUGCAUAA